AGCGACCACCGAGCGCUCCUGUUUUUUCUACUCGUUUUGAAUGUUUUCAAAAAUUGACCGAUUCAAUUUUUGAACCUCAUGUUGGAGUUGUAUCAGAAUAUUCUAUUCAAUCAGCGUGUGGUAAUGGCAAAUGAGUGCCCAAGUCCUCCUUCUUCGUGGGCUUUAGCAUUUGAUGGUCCAUAUUCAUUUGUGGUUAUUAUCGGAGGAAUUAUUGGAAAUGUGUAUUCAUUGAAACAACUAUUUUCUCGUUCUAUCAACACAUCAAUGUUGGUGUCUCUCACCGGUCUGGCUAUAUGGGAUAUUGUACUUUUGAUCGCUGCUCUAUGGCAUCAUUCACUGUGGGCAACUAUGCACUACUUCUCACUACGCGACGAGCCGUGGGAUGCUGAAAUGGUGGCUACAAAUGCGCUCGUUGAAUGUGGCCACAUUACAUCCACUUGGAUGUUAAUUGAAGUAACUGCAGAGAGAUUCAUUGCGGUCACAAGACCUUUUCAAUUUGCUCCAGUUCAUCGAAAGCAGAGAAGGAAAAGCUAUGCAAGAGUUGUCGGAGGCUUGAUUCGUAUCCCGCUAAUUAUGACAAUUGCUGCAUGUGUCAUAUGUUUACCGUGUACUGUGGAAUACACUCUAGAACCGUGUACAUACAAGGGAAUUGAUUCACAACAGAUGCUCGAAACGCCUUUAAUGCAAAACAUUUUCUACAGAGUGUUGUAUAGGACGGCUUUCCUUUCUAUUGGGAAAACGUUCGGUCCUUUUGUGAUAAUAUCGUUUUUGACUAUCUCUACUCUGAAAAGUAUGAGAAAAAGCAUGGAUAGCAGGGCGUCAAUUCUUAUUGCGCAAGGCCAAAAUCACCUUUUCCAAGCCGACAAGGACAAAACAAAAAGCUUGCAGGCAAUCUCCAUCAUGCUCUUAGGAAAAUUUCUUUUUCUUAGAUGCCUACCUACUGCAAUGGCAAUUAUUCAGAUGUUUCCGGGUGCUGAUUCAACAACUUUCCUGCCCGUUUAUUUAUCACAGUUCUUCCUUCUUUUCAAUUCGGCAACCAACUCUUUUGUUUUCGUGGUUGUAAAAUCGGCGUUUGAAACCCGAAGGCUCAAAAGAAUUCGCCAGCGUCAUCGUGAACUGGUGGCUCAACAUGCAGAACAAGUGUUGAGCAUAGGAAAAGCUCUUGCUGGGGAUAAGUUGUUCUUACUUCCCGAAGUAGAAUUUGACAAUCAAUCAUCUGAAGAAGAAACGCUCGAAAUGCAACCAAUGAUGCCUUCUGCAACAACCUCUAAUCCGGUUUAGGAAACAAUGAUCUCUAAAAAAUAUAUUUAUUUUUUCCACUUAUUUCACUUGUAUGUAAUUCUCUAUAUUAGACGAAUUAAUCGAAUCAUAUGCCUAAAAUAGGAUAUUCUGUUCAAUUUUUAUUGGGAUCUGUUUCAAAAUAAUAUUGAAAUCAUGAAAUCACAGAUACUUUCAUUAAAAAAGUUAACAUUGUAAAAUUAAGGAGUUGUCUUUUUUUGGUUUUCGAUAGGAAUACAGAUUAAAAAUUUUUUUCA